GCUCCUGCUGCUGCUGCUCGGUCCGGCUGGGUGGCUGGAAGGGAGGCCAUGCAGGCGCGCUAUUCGGUGCCCAGCCCUAACUCGCUGGGAGUCGUGCCUUACCUCGGCAGCGAGCAGAGCUACUACCGGGCGGCCGCGGCGGCGGCGGCGGCGGCCGGCGGGGGCUACGCGGCCAUGCCGGCUCCGAUGAGCAUGUACUCGCCUCACCCGGCCGCCCACGAGCAAUACCGCGGCGGCAUGGGCAGGCCUUACGGCCCUUACCCGCCUCAGCCGCAGCCCAAGGACUUGGUGAAGCCGCCCUACAGCUACAUCGCCCUCAUCACCAUGGCCAUCCAGAACGCGCCGGACAAGAAGAUCACCCUCAACGGCAUCUACCAGUUCAUCAUGGACCGCUUCCCUUUCUACCGGGAGAACAAGCAGGGCUGGCAGAACUCCAUCCGCCACAACCUCUCGCUCAACGAGUGCUUCGUCAAGGUGCCCCGCGACGACAAGAAGCCCGGCAAAGGCAGCUACUGGACCCUCGACCCGGAUUCCUACAACAUGUUCGAGAACGGGAGCUUCCUGCGCCGUCGGAGGCGCUUCAAGAAGAAAGACGCUUCCAAGGAGAAGGAGGAGAGCGCCCGGGAGAGGUACCUCAAGGAGGCCCCCAAGGCCGCCGAGCUCUCCAAGGACGCGCCGUCCAGCAACCCGGCCGGGACCUCUUCUUCUUCCUCCUCUUCCUCCUCCUCCUCUUCCUCCACCUCCUCCUCUUCCUCCACCUCGUCCUCGGGCGCGGCGCCUUCUUCGGCGGCCGCCCCGUCGGAGAAGAAGGUGGUCAUCAAGAGCGAGGCCUCCUCCCCGGACCUGCCCAUCAUCACCAAGGUGGAGACGCUCAGCCCGGAGAGCGGCAGCGCCCUGCAGGACAGCCCUCGGAGCGUGGGCUCCACCCCGUCGGGGUCCACGGAGAACUCGCUGCCGGGCGACGGGCAUCACCCUCACCACCACCCUCACCAUCCCCUCCACCCCGCGCAUCACCACCACCACCCGGCCUCGGGCGGCGGCAACAGCAACGGCCUCUCCGGGUUCAGCGUGGAGAACAUCAUGACGCUGCGGACUUCGCCGGCCGGCGAGCUCAGCCCCGUCAGCCGGGCGGCGGCCGGCCUGGCCUCCUCCUCGUUGCCCCUGGGCUACGCCGAGGCGCAAGCCCCGGCCAUCUACAGCCAGGCUUGCAGCCAAGGCGGCUUAGGGGACGGCGGGGCCAGCUGCCAGUGCAGCAUGCGAGCCAUGAGGCUCUACACGGCUCACCUCCAUCACCCUCCGUCUCACCACCACCCCGGAGGCCCUCCAGGCGGCGGCGGCGGCGGCGGUUUUAGCGUGGACAACAUCAUCAUGACUUCCUUGCGCGCUUCCCCGCAAGGCGCCGCCGCCGGGGACCUCCUGGCUUUGCCGGCCUCCUCCGCUUCGGCGGCGGCCUCCUCGUCGUCGUCCUCCACCGCCACCACGUCCAGGACGGCAGCGUUGCCCCCGCCUUCGCUGGCUCUGAGCAGCUGCUAUUCCCCGGCGGCGGUGGCGGCGGCGGCGCAGAGCUCGCUCUACAGCGCCCCCUGCAGCCAGGGCGCCAACACGACGGGCAGCGGUAACAGCGGCGUGGCGGCUUCGCAGGCGGGCAGCAGCCCCGGCGGCAGCAGCAACAGCUACCAUUGCAACUUGCAGGCCAUGAGUCUCUAUGCCGCGGCCGCGGCGGCGGCGGCGCAAGCCCUCCAAGUGGGCGAGGUCACCACACCCCUCUUCCUGCUUUCCGCUGACCCCGAGGGCGACACAAAGCUCCGGCUGACGUGUGCCGAGAGCACGAAGCGGCUGGCCUGGGGAGCCGCGGAAAGAGAGAGAGAGACGCCGGCAAGCGGAGCCGGAGCCGGGCCCGGGCGGGGGGCUGGAGAGGAGAGGCGCGGAGCAAAAGGCCGGCAGAGAAACACGCUUUUUGUGCAGAAGGCGAUCGCGACGGCGCGGGAAACGGCAGCCGAUCGAGCUGCCCUCGGCAUCCCUCCAUCCUCCUGGAGCAGCUGA